GCGGGUGUCCCAUGGAACGUAUCGCGCGUAUUGCGAAUCGCGCAUAUCGAAAAUCUGAUCAAUCGCGAACUUUACAAUAAUGGAUUCGUCGGAACGGCUGAGUAUCAAAAAUAGCGAAACGUCCACAAUUGAUUUUCGAUACGCAUGAUCCGCGAUACGCGCGAUACACUCUAUGGGACAGCACUCUCAAUAUCAUCGGUCCGAAAUCUCGGAUGAAAAGAGAAUUAACCAAUCGCAUUAGUUAGUUGGCCGAAUUAUUUAAACGCAAUUAGUCAAUUUUCUUUCCAUCCGAGAUCUCGAAUCGAUUUCUAGCAUCGUGGACACAAGAUAUUAAAGCUUAAAUCACCUAUUGUGGACUGAUUAACGUGAUAUGAAGAGAAAAUGACUACUUCGAAAGAAUUAAAUUUAGCCAAGAAAAAUCUUGUCGCAUCUCUUGGCGAAAAUGCAAAAAUAUAUUUCGAGAAGAUGAAAUUGUGGUUUCAAAUGAAGACCACAAAAGAAGAAUUCGAUUGUGAAGCACGUAAUCUCAUGACAGAUGAUCAGGUUCGUUUACACAACGAGUUCUUGCUGUGUUUAUUUAAUAAAGUUCGUGGAUUAGCUACCGUUGCACCGACUAAGAUAGACAGAGAUAAAACUUCAAAGGAAAGGAGACUGAGACUAAAACGCAAAUAUAAGACAGAUAAAUCGAAUUUUGAGCCAGCAGACAUGUAUGUGGAAGUAUUAGGUCAAGCUUCAUCACCUGUCGGAGAUGAACCUAUAGGUGCCAAUCGUUCUAGUGCUCAAGAACUUGUAUUGCCAGAUCGUACUUUCGUAUUAGCUCGAUUAAUGCUUGCAGCAUGGGAAAAUAAUAUGGACGGAGCUGAAGAAAAUACCGCGCAUAUUGUCAUAGCUGCAACACAAAUUUUCUUAAAAAAUAUACUUACUGCAAUUUUUACACGUAGGAAAGGAUAUGCUGUUCGUGAUAAUACGUUCAUUUAUAAUAUAGGAGAACCAGUGCCCAGUUCAUGGAAGAGAAACUCCUUAUAUAUAAAUCCAUUCAAUUUUGGACCGACAGAAAUAAUGGAACCUUAUGGCCAAAUCCCAGCAUCAAAAUCAAGCUUUGAAGAAGCAGAGCAAGCCAUUGCUUUUUCAUAUGCUUGUUCCACACAAGUAAUUCGUCCACCAUUAAAACCAGUAAGCACAGCUGAUUUACAAUAUGCAUUAAAGAUUUAUAAAAAUCUUGUUAGCAAUCACACCAUAUAUGCUACUAAUAUGGAACGAUUAUAUACAUAUGCUACUCAUCCAACGUGGGAGGAUUUGGAGGCAAAAAAAUUAUUAUGUCAACCUUCAACAUAAAAAAUUUUCAAUAUAAUUUAAUAUUUUAUUUGCAUUAUAAUUACUUAUUUAUUGAAAUAGAGUUUGAAUUAUUAUUUCGAGUUUGAAUAAAUUAUUUUUUUCAUUAUAUAGUAUUUAAAAAAUUACAAAAUAUAAAACAGAUGACUAAUUUUAAUCAUUUAGAAGUUUAUGUUGGCUUUUAGAUAGAUGACAGAGAUGAGAAAACUAAUUAAAAGAAAAAAAA